AAAGGAUUCUAGGCGCUAACGGUUCUCCAAAGAAAUCUAACGAAAUCUGCCAACGGCAAUCGUCGCGUGCGUUUUUAAAUAUUUUUCAAAUCGAAAAUCCCCUUAAAAAACGGUCGAGCUAAGUGACUUUUAAUUUUUGGAAUAUCACAAAUUCCAAAAGCAAGCAGCAGCUAAAAAAACAUUUGCCGACAGCAUCUACAAUACUUACUCUGCGAGGACAAAUAAGCCCGAAAGAAAGCAAGGAAAUGGAUUCAGCCGCCGCCGCCGCCGCCAAACGCGUUCAAAUCGAGAAGGCCCACAACUUCAUGCGCCAAUAUCGCGAUCCCGAGUCCAGGGAACUCAAGAAGCUGUCGGCCAACCAGUUCAUGGAUGUCUGGGCGCACUACGAUAAAGAUGGAAAUGGCUACAUUGAGGGCACCGAGCUGGACGGUUUUCUCCGGGAGUUCGUGUCGAGUGCCAAUGCCACAGACAUCAGUCCAGAGGCUGUCACGGACACCAUGCUCGAGGAGUUGAAGUCCUGCUUCAUGGAGGCGUACGAUGACAAUCAGGAUGGCAAAAUCGAUAUCAGAGAGCUGGCUCAACUUUUGCCCAUGGAGGAGAAUUUUCUUUUGCUCUUCCGCUUCGAUAACCCACUGGAAUCUAGCGUUGAAUUCAUGAAGAUCUGGCGUGAAUACGACACCGACAACUCGGGUUACAUUGAAGCGGAUGAGCUCAAGAAUUUCUUGCGCGACUUGCUCAAGGAGGCCAAAAAGAUCAACGAUGUGUCCGAGGACAAGCUCAUUGAGUACACCGAUACCAUGCUGCAAGUAUUCGAUGCCAACAAGGAUGGACGAUUGCAGCUGUCGGAAAUGGCCAAAUUGCUUCCGGUUAAAGAGAACUUCCUUUGCCGCCAGGUCUUUAAGGAGGGCAUUGAUGGAGCCACAAAGCUGACCAAAGAAGAUAUUGAAAAAGUAUUUUCGCUCUACGAUCGUGACAACAGUGGCACCAUUGAAAACGAGGAGCUCAAGGGCUUCCUCAAGGAUCUUUUGGAGCUGGUCAAGAAGGACGACUAUGAUGCCCAGGAUUUGGCUGCUUUCGAGGAGACCAUCAUGCGUGGAGUUGGCACCGACAAGCAUGGAAAGAUCUCCCGCAAAGAACUGACCAUGAUCCUGCUGACACUGGCCAAAAUAUCACCCGACGACGAGUAAACGGGGGGAGGCUCGAGAACAUACCAAAAAGAGAUUUUAGCCAACUCUAUUUUUGUCACCCAAACAAGGGGAAAUCCAUAAGUGAGGCAAUGUUUACUUUAGAGCUGUACCCAAAAGGGGCAGCAAUGAGGAGGAUUUUAGUAUCGGGGAAGGAUCCUGGGCGAACAGAGAUCCAAACCGAAACGAAGCUAUAUUGGUAACGCAAAUCUAAUAUUAAUGUUUCAAUCUUAAAUAAAUGUUUAUCGUACGUUAAGAUGUUGAGAGUAUAUUUCCCCCAAAGUCAAAACCAAAACGGAAAUUUAUCCAAUCAAACAAUUUGCAACACUGAAUCGAGCCACUUGAAAUAAACAAUUAAGAAAUGAUAACAUCAAGAGAUCAGUACAUCGAUUUUAUAAUAUUACAUUAUAUAUGUAUUUAUAUUUUCUAUGUGUAUUUGCAUAAAGUACUUUAUUUAAUUACCAAUUAAAACUUGAAAUAAAAGUAGUUAUAUUUAAGGAUACAAGAUUUAUUUGAGAUUACAUAAAUAUAAAAAAAAAUAUGUAUGCGUGGCUACAAUUUGUAGAUAAUUGUUGUUAAUAAUUGUGACACAGUAUCCUUUGACUCAGUAUUCUUUGCCAGUAGUUCUCGGUGUACAAUAUGUACUCGAACUAAACUAUAUAUAUAUCUCCCGCAAACAUCAAUCAAUCAAUCAAUCAAGAGCCACUUGCAUCAGCCCGAGGCUGGACACACCCAUUGCAGGCGAAUGCAAAUGUGACACUGUCAAACUGACGGGUGAAAAUGGAUCUAGUCGACGUUAGACACUCGUCCUUGGGCCUUCCACCCCACCCUCAGGUGGAAAGCAUUUCCACUAAAUUUCUCUGCUUAGUUAAAUCGGAAACUAAACUUAAAGUUAACCUGCAACGCAAUUAACUAACGUUUUUUCAAGGUGCUAUAGCUAUAAUUAUGACUUGUCCUUAAUCCUUUUUUCAAGCUGUUUUCAUUCUAUUCUUUCAAAACCAAACCAAUUUAAAACUAACAAUUAAUAACUUAAGCUUUAGAACCAAGACAAAUUGGUACAAUCUUGAAACGGAGUUUAUCCAGGGAUUCGUUUUUAAAAUUUGAACUUGAAAUGGACGAAGUUUGAAUUAAUUUGAAAACUUUAAAAAUGAAGCCCUGUGUAAGACCGAUUGUACACACCCGUACAUGCAACAAAAUGCCAACUUAACAUAUAAAUAAACUAAUUACGAUACAACUCUUUAUGAUACUUAUGCUAAACCUAAGAUAUUGUUCAAAACCACAUGCAUGUAAAGCUUCGAAACGGACUUUCUCUAUAUACAAACCAGAUACCAAAUAUCGAAUAACUAAAUGGAUAUAUGUCUAAAUACUACGAAAAUACGACAGAAAGUUUUAAUAAAAUAAAUCAAAUCUAUGCAGACAUCAAGGGGUCAGCACUCCAA